AGUUAGUAACCUUUAUUUAACCAGAGGCAGAAAUGCUCUUUAGAUUCAACAAAACUGAAGUUACACAUGAUUUCCAAACUGUUUGGUUUGUUAAAAAAUAUCUAAAAUGACAACAUGAGGCAGAAAUUUAUAUUGAAAAUAAAUAUUAAUGUUAUUGUUAUAUGUUAUUAUAGUUAUCCCGAUAAUAGAAAUAUUGCUUAUAUAACAUGUUUGUAGGCCUAUGCAGGAACAUAACUAAAACUCUGAGGUUUGUUACAAACCAAACCAUUUGAAAAAUAAGUUUUCAAUCUUUGGUUAUUUAAAUGUUACAUGAACCGUAGACUGAAAUGUUAGGAGUGGGCGAGGUGACCGUGGCAAGAUGGCCGCCAUGAGCGGACGUCGGUCUCCAUUGGCUACAAGCGUGCGUAAGCCAUCUAUCGUUUAUAUAUCUAUGGUUAUUCUCUCACUGUCGCGCAGAAACAGCGUCAUCCACCCCGAGCAUGAGUCGCAGCGUGUUGACGUCAUAAUAGUGCCGCGCAGACUCGCCAUUUUCGUCGCUCUUUGUGCGCCACUGUCCGAUCAGAGUUUUAAUCGACCGAUUAAUUUACUCGGGAUCCAGUUCUGUCGUCAAAGAUGCAGGGAAACAGAGGCCCACAGCAGAACCACGGACCGAACCGACCCGAAGACCCAAAGAAACCCGGAGGAACCAACACGAACGGACAGCAGCCCGAACCCAGUGAGCAGACCCCGAACGAGGCCUUAACCCUGGACCUGCAGAGCUUCAGGAAGCCGGGGGAGAAGACCUUCACCCAGAGGAGCAGGCUGUUCGUGGGGAACCUGCCCACCGGGAUCACCGAGGCGGACCUGGAGAAGCUGUUCGCCAAGUAUGGGAAGGCCAGCGAGAUCUUCAUCAACAAGGACCGGGGGUUCGGCUUCAUCCGGCUGGAGACCAGGAUCAUCGCCGAGAUCGCCCGAGCGGAGCUGGAUGAUACCCCGUUCAGAGGCAGGCCGAUCCGGGUCAGGUUCGCGACCCACGGAGCUGCUCUGAGCGUCAAGAACCUCCCGGACUUCGUGUCCAAUGAGCUCCUGGAGGAGGCCUUCGGUGCCUUCGGUCAGAUCGAGAGGGCCGUGGUCAUCGUGGACGACCGUGGGAGGCCCACGGGGAAGGGGAUCGUGGAGUACACGUCCAAACCAGCAGCCAGGAAGGCUCUGGACAAGUGCAGUGAUGGAGCUUAUCUUCUCACGGCCUUCCCACGGCCGGUCACCGUGGAGCCCAUGGACCAGUGUGAUGAUGAGGAGGGUCUGUCAGAGAAGCUCAUCGUGAAGAACCAGCAGUACCAGAAGGAGCGAGAACAACCUCCACGGUUCGCCCAGCCCGGAUCCUUCGAGUACGAGUACGCCAUGCGCUGGAAGGCCCUGAUGGAGAUGGAGAAGCAGCAGUACGAGAUGGUGGACCGCAACAUGAAGGAGGCGCAGGAGAAGCUGGAGGCUGAGAUGGAGGCGGCCAGACACGAGCACCAGGUGAUGCUGAUGAGGCAGGACCUGCUGAGGAGGCAGGAGGAGCUGAGAAGGAUGGAGGAGCUCCACAGUCAGGAGGUGCAGAAGAGGAAGCAGGCCGAGCUCCGGCAGGAGGAGGAGCGCCGCAGGAGAGAGGAGGAGAUGAGGAUGCGCAACGAGGAGAUGAUGAAGAGGCAGCAGGAGGGCUUCAGAGGGAACUUCCCUGAGAACAGGGAGCAGGAGAUGAGGAUGCACAUGGGUAACCACGGGAUGGCCAUGAACAGGAACUCUCUGGGGGGGAACUCUGGACCGGCCAGUACCGCCGGGAUGGCUGCAGAGAACACCUCCAUGAUGGCGGGGCCGGGGAACAACAACAUGCCCGGAGGAGGAGGAGGAGGAGGCGCAGGGGGGUUCCCUAGAGGACUCCCCGGAGCUGGAGACUAUGGACCCAAUAAACAACGCCGAUUUUGAACCAUGACAUGUCUUCUUCUCCUGUUUCAUACUCACUGUAUUCUAAAGUUCAUGUAGAGAGUUUUACUUUACGAACUUUGAAAAAAACUGUUGCAUGUUUUUGUUUUUUUUUACCUUUUUUUUUUUUUUUAUUUGUACUUUGGAGACACAUUUUAGUACAAAGAUGUCCUAACUUUCCAAAUGAGCCAUGUGUUUGACUUUGUUCCUCACCUAACUGUAGUUUUCAUAGGGAGAUGCUUUUGUCCUGGACAUGCUGACUUUUCUGAAAUAAGAAUAAAAUCAUGAUUCCCUAAAAAAAACUGGUUUGAACUUUAAAUCAACAAUUAGACCAGGAGAGGUCACUGCUCCACCACGGUGAAACAGAAACACACUCCAUCUGACUAUCAGGAUGAUAUCUGCAUCAGCUGAUACCAACAUUUCUGCUGAUGAAUUAAACGACUGAUAUGAGCUUUUCAACUGACGACACUUAGAGAGCAGAUAUCAGCUGAUGGUCGAUGUUUCGCACUGAUAUGAUUCUGAAACUGAUAAUAUUUCAAAAAUAGCGUCCCAUCGUCUCACAUUAAAAUCUAAUAAACUAGUUCUCUCGACCAGAAAUGUUCUUGAUCAGUUUUGAAUAAAUUCAUGAAAUAGAUCUGCUAUAGAUGUCCAAACAUUUCACAUCUAUUAAAGAAUAUCUAUUGAAGAAGCAGCUCUGAACUUGAUUAUCUAUCUAUAAAUAAUGAUAGACUAUAAAUCAAACUCCUGAGAGUGUUAGAAUUGAUCUUCUGUUAUUGACGUUACUUAAAAACAGCUGCAUUAUUCACUAUUUUAAUUAACUUUAAUGAGUGCAGAUAUCAGCUGAUGGGGAUAAUUAUAAAAUGCUAAUAACCGUCCUGAUGAAGACACAGUUUAUCAGUUUAUCUCUGAUUACUCACACUGGCUGUAUUGAAAGUGUUUUGGAAACAGACACGACUUAACGUCUAUAUCUAAAAAAAGAUGUUUGUCCAGUUUUGUUCUUAAACAAACCGUCAAAAUAAAAGCCUGAGGUCAAUUCUA